AUGGCACCAUUCAUUCAUCCUCAUCUCCAAUCUCUUGUCGCCAAAAUGACUCUCUUUGACACCAUACUCUUCUAUGUGAUACAUUUUGUGGACAAGGUUUUGUUGUGGCAUAGGCUUCCAGUGUUGUUGGGGUUAGCAUAUUUGGGAAUUAGGAGACGUUUACACUAUCGUUACAAUCUGUUACAUGUUGGAGGAGAGAAUGGUGUCAAUUAUGAUAAGCAACACUAUGCGUAUCGGACUGCGGCGGGUACCUGUAAUGACCCCGACGAUCAUUUGGUUGGUAGUCAGGGAACUUGUUUCGGUCGGAAUAUGCCUCCAACUGCGUUAAAUUAUGGGCUGCUUGAUCCUCAUCCUGCUGUGGUGGCAUCGAAGCUUUUAGCAAGGAAGAGUUUCGUAGACUCGGGGGAUCAAUUCAAUAUGAUAGCUUGUUCAUGGAUACAGUUCAUGAUUCAUGAUUGGAUUGAUCAUUUGGAGGACACUGAACAGGUGGAACUCAGUGUUCCUGAUGAAGGUUUCGCAAGUGGCUGUCCUCUGAAGACUUUCAAGUUUUUUAAGACUAAGAAAUUCCAAACCGGUUCUUCGCAAACGAAGUUUGGCUUCCAAAACACCAGGACUCCGUGGUGGGAUGGAAGUGUGAUAUAUGGGAACAAUGAGAAGGGAAUGAGUAGAGUGAGAACAUUCAGAGAGGGAAAGCUGAAGAUCUCAGAAGAUGGACUUCUUGAGCAUGACGAGAAGGGUAUUCCUGUGUCGGGUGAUGUUCGAAAUACAUGGGCAGGUUAUUCCCUUCUGCAGGCAUUGUUUAUCAAAGAGCAUAAUGCAGUGUGUGACAUGCUAAAAAAACACUAUCCUGAUUUUGAUGACGAGCAACUCUAUAGGUAUGCAAGAUUGGUGACUUCAGCAGUCAUUGCGAAAAUCCAUACAAUUGAUUGGACUGUAGAGCUCUUAAAAACCGAUACUCUUCAGGCGUCGAUGAGGAUCAACUGGUAUGGAUUUUUUGGGAAGAAAUUCAAAGACUUAUUUGGAAACAUUUUCGGACCAGAACUUAGUGGAUUAGUCGGUCUUAAGAAGCCACGAGAUCAUGGAGUUCCUUAUUCACUUACCGAAGAAUUCACAAGUGUUUACAGAAUGCACACGCUCCUACCUGAGGAGCUUGUUCUUCGAAAACUCAAGCCUGCAACAGGCGCCAACAAAUCUCUUCCAAUACAUGAAAAGGUGCCAAUGGCAGAAUUGAUAGGAAAACAUGGUGAAAAGAGGCUGUCAAAAAUAGGAAUGGAGCAAAUGUUAGUAUCCAUGGGUCAUCAAUCAUGCGGUGCAGUUACUUUAUGGAACUUUCCUUCAUGGCUAAGAAACCUCAUUUCACAUGAUAUUGACGGAGAAGAAAGACCUGAUCCAGUUGACAUGGCUACUAUGGAAGUUUAUAGAGAUAGAGAAAGGGGAGUACCGAGGUAUAAUGAAUUCAGAAGAAACUUACUGAUGAUCCCGAUUAGCAAGUGGGGAGAUUUAACCGACGAUGUAGAGGUCAUUGAAGCUCUCAAAGAGAUAUAUGACAAUGACGUUGAGAAGCUUGACUUGAUUAUCGGUCUUCACGCAGAGAAGAAGAUAAAAGGAUUUGCUAUAAGUGAAACUGCUUUCUUUAUCUUUGUGAUCAUGGCUUCAAGGAGGCUAGAAGCUGAUCGUUUCUUCACGACAAAUUUCAACGCAAAAACAUACACAAAUGAAGGGCUUGAGUGGGUGAACAAAACAGAAAGUUUGAAGGAUGUUAUUGAUAGGCACUUCCCUGAAAUGACUGAAAGUAUGAUGUCAAGCUCUAGUGCAUUUACUGUGUGGGAUGCAAAGCCUGAUCCUAAGAAAUUAUUACCGAUAUAUUUGAGAUAA